UUCCAUCUCCCACUUUCAUAAAUCUCCAUUUCCUACAAACUCGGGACGUUUCCAAACCGCUUAUACUCCCUGAUCAAUCCUAGUGUCCUACCUCCCAAUACUAGACACCAGAGCACCCUUCAGCAACAAUGAUUGUCAAGGUCAAGACUCUUACCGGUAAGGAGGUCGACAUUGACGUUCAACCCGAUAUGAUUAUUAGCAAGGUCAAGGACCGAGUCGAAGAGAAAGCUGGUAUCCCCCCUGUCCAACAACGGCUGAUUUUCGGUGGAAAAGCCAUGAACGAUGAGAAGGCUAUCCAGGACUACAAGAUUCAGGCUGGUGCUGUCAUCCACUUGGUCCUUGCCUUGCGAGGUGGACGGGCGUAGAGACGAACAAAGGAUGUGAAGAAAAACAUAUAUAUACUGCCCCUAUGCAUGAACCUGGGUCAUUCAGGUCUUGAUAGACUGUCC